GAAUCGGCUUAUUUAAACGCUGCGAAACGACGCAGAAAGGGCACAGUAAAACAUCUAACUUCUGGAAUUAAAGACACUACCGAAAGUUCUUGAAUAUACUACAGUCAUGAACGCCAAGGUAAUGAUGCUGUUGGUCCUAGUGUCCGUUAUGGUAGGAUCGUCGUUCAGCGCACCCCAGUUCGCUCGUCCGGGAGGGCUGAUUGGACUUAGAAGGCCCGGAGGAUUCGGUGGACGACCAAUAAUUGGCCCAGGUUUCGGAGGAGCUAACGCUGCCGGAUUGGGAAGCGGUACCGUGAUCGGUAAUCAAGCCAUCGGAACAGGCACCGGCAUCGCUAACGCCGGACCAGGUGGGUUUGGCAUUGGUCUUGGCAUCGGUGCGGCUGUUGCAACUCCUAUCGGAAAUUUCGGAGUCGGACAGGGAAAUAGUAUUUCCGUUGGAAAAUAGAAGGAUAGGAUAACCCACAACACAUUAUUGAAGCACCAUUUUUCACGCUCCACUCGAUUCUGUCCAAACUUCUAGGCCUUUCAUUUUAAUUUUGUGUACAUAUGUUCCACAUUUUGUUUUUGAUUUAAGCCCAAAUCAUGAACACUUAAAUUAUGUUACUUUCUUGAUUACGACUUUUGUGAGAAGCAAAGGGCACCUAGUUUUAUUAAAUAAACUCUCUGGCACUUUUA